AUGGAAUCGGAGAAUGAAUGUAACAUCAAAGUUUCAGAAAUUGCAAAUAAAGUCAGAUCCCUUCAAGCCACGCUAUUUCCUCCCCAAAUAACAUCAUCUACGAGCUAUUUCGCCAAUUUCCUAGUGAAGACUCAAUUUGAAGAUGAUGACUUCAAAAACAGAGAAUCCAGCUCCAGGGAAUGGUUCCAAAGCAGCAAAGAAGCCGCUUUCAGUGUUCAACCUCCAAGAUGGCCUACAGAGUGCCAGGUACUGGAUACGCGAAUGCAGCAUAUAUACGAUGUACCGCCCACAUUUGAACCAUACUAUGUUCCUACAGGCAACGAAUGCCAACCUAAACCUACAGGGGAAGAAUGUGGGCUUGUCGUUUUUCAAUAUUCACCGAUAAGUGCCGUCAAUUAUUUCAGUAGAUCAAGUGUAGGGGGUAGCAAGUACCUCCUAUCGGCCAAUGUAUGCCCGGAAGAGGAUACUCUGAAGUUCGAAUCCAGAUUCGAGUCAGGAAACCUUGCCAGAGCAAUAAUGAUAACGCCAAAUUUUUAUGAAUUGCAUCUGAGGUCCGACCUCUAUACGAAUAGGCAUAUGCAAUGGUUCUAUUUCCAGAUAACCAACGUGAAAAAAGGGUGCCUUUACAGAUUCUCAAUCACCAAUUGCUCCAAAGAAAACAGCCUGUACAAUGAGGGUAUGAGACCGCUUAUGUACUCUGUGAAAGAUUCUCAACUCCACUCUAUUGGCUGGAGGAGAUGCGGUCACAACAUUUCCUAUUUCUGCAACGAAAACGUGACGCCUGAAGAGCCCGACCAGCAAAUGACGUAUACGUUAACUUUCACCGUGAAAUUUCCUCAUGAUGACGACGAGAUUUUCCUUGCCAACUGUUAUCCUUACACCUAUUCGGACCUUCAGGACCACCUUUCAGAACUGUCUUCCCAUCCCGUUAAAUCAAUCUUCAGCACUGUGAGGCUGUUAUGCCGAAGUCUGGCUGGUAACAAUGUAUACUACGUGACAAUCACCACUCCUGCUGUUCAAGGAGAUACCACUAAAAAAAGAGCCAUCAUAAUAACUGCCAGAGUCCAUCCAGGAGAAACGCCAUCUUCUUGGGUGAUGAAAGGAAUUCUGGAUUUCCUUACUAGCGAUUGUGGUCCUGCCAAGGAGCUUCGAGACAAGUUCAUCUUCAAAAUAGUGCCAAUGUUGAACCCAGAUGGCGUGAUAGUAGGCAACAACCGGUGUUCACUGUCUGCCAAGGAUCUGAACAGACAGUACAGGACUGUCAUACGAGACGCUUAUCCUUCCAUCUGGUAUACCAAGCUAAUGGUUAGAAGGUUACUGGAGGAAUGCGGUGUUGCUAUGUAUUGUGAUCUCCAUGCUCAUUCGAGGAGACACAAUAUCUUCAUCUAUGGUUGUGAGAAUAGGAGGGGUUCGGAUAGAAGGCUGCAGGAGCAAGUGUUUCCGCUGAUGCUUCAUAAGAACACUGCCGAUAAGUUUUCUUUCGAGAGCUGUAAGUUCCGUAUCCAUAAGUCCAAGGAAGGCACUGGUCGGGUAGUCAUGUGGAUGAUGGGAAUAGCGAACAGUUACACCAUGGAAGCCUCUUUCGCUGGUUCUACCUUGGGUAACAGAGCCGACACCCAUUUCUCCAUGCAAGAUUACGAACAAAUGGGUCGAUCUUUCUGCCAAACUCUGUUGGACUUCUAUGACGAAGAUCCCAAAAAGGAGAGACUGAGGGUUAAAAUAGUUGAUAGGUUGGUGAAAGAAGGUUCGAAUGCAGAUGAACCUUUGAAUAUCCCUUUAAGUGACUACUCGAGUGAUGAGGGCGAUACGUCGAGUAGCAGUGAUGAAGUGGGGAGGGAUGAGGACGAAGUGGAAGUAUCUAUACCUUGUGUACCACCACCCUCCCCAGUACUGGUAACAAAGAAGAAGAAAUCAAAAGCUUCAUCUGCAACUGCAAAGAUUAAAGCUGUAGCUGCAGCUACCGUUCCUAGGAAAAUAUUACCAAUUUGUAAAGCAACUUUGAAGUUAUCGUUGUCUGAUAAAGAUAGUACAGAUUCUAGCAGCUCAGAAAACGAAUCAGAAUCUGAAAAAGUUAAAGAAAAAGUAAGGAUCCUGAAGAGACGAAGAAAAAAGAAAUGCCUCAGGAAGAAAAAGAAAAAAACUGAUUCCUGGGAAGAUUUUGAGAAAGUUCUUGUGAUAGAAGUAGAGUCAGUUCCAGAUUAUUUUGAAACUGAAAUUCAAACGAACAAAACCCAAAGGAGCAUAUCAGUUUUCGAUCUGAUACCAAAUGAUUCUUUGAAAUCGCAGCUAGUCACGAGACGAUCUAGAACUCCUCAACAAAAACAUCAGAUGGAAAAAAAACCUCAGAUCACAAGACAACUUGCUGAGGUGCAAGCCAAACUAUACAGUUUGAAAAAUAAAUUGUGGUUUGGGGUAGGUAAUGGGGAUGUUCCCCUUUCUUGGGGAGAAGGUAGUGGAGUCCUCAUCACGGAUUCAAGAAGCUGCUCUCCACUCAAGAAAAGUCAUGUGAAACAUUCGAAAAAACAGCAGAAAAAUGAGAAGAGAAUAUGCUUCAAGGAGGGAAAGUCAAAAUCAGAUGCUAAGGAAAAAUCGGCGAAACAUAAUAAUGGGUUAAGGAGGCAAACUGCUGUAGAAUAUCCAUCUUUGUCCCAGCCAUUGGAAAAACCUAGGGUACUGAAGUCGAAGAGCCUGCCUGACACUUCUGUUUUUGAAAUUUCAAGAGAAAAAUCCAAAGGCACGGUGAGUGGCGAUGAGGAAAAGCUCGAGAAGAAGAAAAAGAAGAAGAAACGUGCAGGCAAAUUGUGCAGGAAGGCCAGGGCAGUCAGUAACGCUAAUAAUUUCAUAAAAAAAGACUGA